UGGCGAAGCUGCUGGACGGCUGGACAUUAGUAAAGUUAGCUCAACCGAAUCGGGUGGAACUUGACCCGAUCCCACUAAAGUUUGAAAACACAAAUAUAUAAUCGCACAGUUAAGCACAGUGCAGACGUAUUUUGGCGCCAAGCAUCUCAAACAAUGGCGCUUGAAACGACAUCAACCCUAAUGGAAAUAGACGAAGAAGAAAAUGCAUCGGUAAUUGUGAAAGAACCGCCGAAGAUCCACCGCUUAGAUGAGUCGGUCGUCAAUCGAAUCGCCGCCGGCGAAGUCAUUCAGCGCCCUGUUUCCGCCAUCAAAGAGCUCGUGGAGAACAGUCUGGAUGCUGGUUCUACUUCCAUAAACAUCGUCGUUAAGGACGGCGGUCUUAAACUUAUUCAAGUCUCCGAUGACGGUCACGGUAUUCGAUAUGAGGACUUGCCGAUUCUGUGCGAGAGGCACACGACGUCGAAGCUUUCUACAUUUGAAGAUUUACAUUCAAUUAAGUCUAUGGGUUUCAGAGGAGAGGCUUUGGCUAGCAUGACCUAUGUAAGUCAUGUGACAGUCACCACCAUUACCCCUGGUCAAUUGCAUGGCUACAGGGCAUCUUAUAGAGAUGGCAUGAUGGAGUACGAACCCAAAGCUUGUGCUGCAGUAAAGGGGACUCAGAUAAUGAUUGAGAAUUUGUUUUACAACAUGACUGCUCGAAAGAAAACACUUCAGAAUUCUGGUGAUGAUUAUCCUAAAAUUGUAGAUCUGCUAAGUCGGUUUGCCAUUCAUCACAUAAAUGUGAGCUUUUCAUGCAGAAAGCAUGGCGCACCUAGAGCAGAUGUUCACUCAGUAGCUUCAUCCUCAAAGAUUGAUGCGAUUAGAUCUGUUUAUGGGGUGUCAGUUGCGCAGAAUCUAAUGGCAGUAGAAGCUUCUGAUGAUGAUGCAUCUAGUUCCGUUUUUGAAAUGCAUGGUCUAAUUUCAGAUUCGAAUUACAUCGCAAAGAAGAUAACUAUGGUACUUUUCAUCAAUGAUAGAUUAGUUGAGUGUGCUGCUCUGAAGAGGGCUGUUGAAAUUGUUUAUUCUGCAACUUUGCCUAAAGCAUCGAAACCUUUCAUAUAUAUGUCACUUGUGUUGCCUUCAGAGCAUGUUGAUGUGAACGUUCAUCCAACAAAGAGAGAGGUGAGCCUUUUGAACCAAGAAGUUAUUAUUGAAAAGAUACAAGCAGUGGUGGAAUCAAAAUUGAGAAACUCCAAUGAGGGAAGGACAUUCCAAGAACAGACAGUAGACCCAAUGCCAUCCAGUCCUAUGACAGCAAGCCAAGCUUCACCUAGUGCUCCCUCAACUUCAGCCUCAGGCUUCAAAAUGCCAAAAGUUCCACAUAAGAUUGUGCGGACAGAUUCACAGGAUCCUGCUGGAAGGCUGCAUGCCUACAUGCAUAUCAAAUCCCCUGUCCAUGUUGAAAGGAAUAGUGCUUUAGCCUCUGUAAGGUCUUUGGUCAGGCGAAGAAGAAAUCCAAGGGAAACCGCUGAUCUUACUAGCGUCCAAGAGCUCCUUGAUGAUAUCAACCGUUCCUGCGAUUCUGGUCUGUUGGACGUCGUAAAGCACUGCACAUUUAUUGGAAUGGCAGAUGAUAUAUUUGCUUUGGUUCAGCAUAAGACUCACCUAUAUCUUGCUAAUGUUGUGAACUUGAGCAAAGAGCUCAUGUAUCAACAAGUCUUGCGUCGUUUUGCACAUUGUAAUGCCAUACAACUAAGUGAACCAGCUCCUCUGCUGGAAUUGAUUUUACUAGCACUAAAGGAGGACGACAUAGAUGCUGAUGGUGAUGGAAAUGAUGAUUUGAAGAAUAAAAUUGCUGAAAUGAACACAGAUUUGCUGAGACGGAAGUCAGAUAUGCUAGAUGAUUUUUUCUCUAUUCAUGUUGAUGAAGAGGGUAAUUUGGGGAGACUCCCUGUUAUACUUGAUCAGUACACACCUGAAAUGGACCGUCUCCCAGAAUUUGUAUUAUGUUUGGGCAACGAUGUUGAUUGGGAUGAUGAGAAAACCUGCAUUCAAUCAGUUGCAGCUGCUAUAGGAAACUUCUAUGCCAUGCAUCCUCCUCUUUUGCCCAACCCAGCCGGUGAAGGUUUACAAUUCUACAAGAGGAAACCAUCUUGCAAAUCUGAAGAACGAGAUGCAACAACUUUAGGUGAUAGUGGUGAGAUAAAGGAUGAUAUUGAGCAUGAACUGCUUUCAGAGGCUGAGAAUGCUUGGGCGCAGCGCGAAUGGACAAUACAACACAUCUUAUUCCCUUCCAUGAGACUUUUCUUUAAUCCCCCAUGUUCAAUGGCCAGAAAUGGGACAUUUGUCCAGGUGGCUUCGUUGGAGAAACUAUUCAAGAUAUUCGAGCGAUGCUGACAUCACCAACUUUAGAUUAUGAUUUACAAUGUACAUAGUAGCAAAUACUACAUAGUUCAAAAAUUACCAAGAACAGAGUAGCAAUGCUAUGGAGUAGCUGCUAGUGUACUGGCAUAUCUCUUGGUUACACUAGAACUUAAAAGCUGAGCACCUCUGUGAUAACAAUUUUUAUCUGCGGCUUGCAAUUGUCACUAGCUUCUUGUAAUUCA